AUGCUGCUUCUCCUGCUCAGCUGUCUCCUACCUGCUGCCAAUGGGAAGAGCUGUCUCCUCUGCUGGCCAGGACUGCCUGCAUUGAUAGACUAUGAUCUACAGAUUCUUUGGGGCACCCCAGGGCCACCCACAGAGCUCUCCCAAAAUCAAAACCGUAUGGAAGAAGCAGCAGCCAAAUUAUUCAAUCACAUAGAUGAAGCCAUCAAGAAGUUCCGAGAUAAUAAACCAUCACUUUUGGAAGAGAUUCAUAUCCAGCAGAAGGUGUUUACUGAGAAGCUGGAUGAGAUAUCUGAGGAGCUGAAGGAGAAGGACCUACGCUCCACACUGGAGGUCAUGAACUGUGCCAACUGCAAGACACACUUCCUCACCUGCAAAGACCCCACUCUUUGCCCAGACCUUCUCCCCACCCUGGGUCACCAUGCUCCCCGACCUGGACAGAUGAUCAACAUGGCCCUCCUGCCUUCUGCUCCUGGCUGGCCUCAGCAAGCAGGAGUUCAGAGGGACAGAGGCAAGGGCAUGUGA